UGGUUUUUUGGGCUUUUUUUUUUUUUUUGUUAUUUUCGAUUUUUGCCUUCCCCUAUCCUUUUUUAACUUUUUUUUUUUCAACCCAGAAAGAAAGAAAACCCUACCGAGAUUGUCAGAUGGCCUAGAAAAAUUAAUAAUAAUCUGAAAAUAUGAAGUCGGCCGGUUCUUGAUUUCCCCCCUUCCCUUCCCUCCAGCUCCCCAGUACACUGCUGAGAUUGAGAUAAAAGGACCCAUUUCCCGGAGGACAAGGAGAACAGACACGUUUUUGGUGGUGUAUGGGGAACCGAUGGCAAUGCUUCACAGUGUAGCGGAGACGCAGGGAAGAGAUUCAACCUGUUAACAAAGAAUCAGGGAGAAAAUACCAACGGGAAGGAAAGAGUGAGAUAUAUAUAUACACACAUAUAUAUAUAUAUACAAUAUAGAAUUAUUCCCCAGGUGGCCACAAAGCAUGGGUUGUGCUCCAAGCAUCCACAUCUCUGACAGCAGAGUGGUCUAUCACAGUAGCAAAGAGUCUGAGGAGUGCAAUUCCCCUCACCAGACCAACACAACCAUGUCUCAACAGCAGCAAGGCAACCCCGUCCCAGGAUUAUUCAUUAAAUCCUCCAACACAUCCACUUAUAAGGUGAGGACUAAUUCCUCUAAGAAAGACAAGAGAGAGAACAGCCAGAGCAUGGAGGCAGAGACCCAGACCAGCAGAUCCAGUGUUAAGGCACCGAUAACAGAUGUGCAGUUUGGCCCUAUGAGACUACAUCAAAAUCAGCUUCAGGUACUUUUAGUGUUUGCCAAAGAAGAUAACCAGAGUAACGGGUUCUGUUGGGCGUGUGAGAAAGCUGGAUUCCGAUGUAACAUUGCCCGGACGCCCGAGUCUGCACUCGAAUGUUUCCUUGAUAAACACCAUGACAUUAUCAUUAUUGACCAUAGACAUUCCAGAUACUUCGAUGCAGAAGCAUUAUGCAGGUCUAUCAGAACAACAAAACCCUCCGAAAAUACAGUAAUUAUUGGCGUAGUACGAAGGCAUGCUGAUCGUGAAGAGUCAUCAAUAUUGCCCCUCAUCUCUGCUGGCUUCACAAGGAGAUAUGUAGAAAAUUCCAAUAUAAUGGCCUGUUACAAUGAGUUGAUUCAGCUGGAAUUUGGAGAGGUGCAGGCACAGUUCAAACUAAGAGCAUGUAACUCAUUAUUUACAGCAUUAGAGAAAAGUCAAGAAGCCAUCGAGAUCACAAGUGAAGACCAUGUAAUACAGUAUGUCAAUCCUGCUUUUGAAACAAUGAUGGGCUAUCAAAUAGGUGAACUAAUAGGAAAGGAAUUAACAGAAGUGCCUAUAAAUGAAAAAAAAGCUGAUUUCCUAGAUACUAUUAAUUCCUGCAUAAAGAUAGGAAAGGAAUGGCAAGGAAUGUACUAUGCGAAAAAGAAAAACGGAGAUAGUGUGCAACAAAAUGUGAAGAUACUACCUGUUGUUGGACAGGGAGGAAAGAUUAGACACUAUGUGUCAAUUAGUAGACUGUGCAAUGACAACAAUAAGGUGGAGAAGACAUGUGAACGUGUUCAGGCUGAAUCUCAGACAGAUAUUCAGACUUGCAGACACAAAGACAGGAGGAAAGGAUCACUAGAUGUCAGAUCCACAACAUCACGAGGGAGCGAUGGCAGCUCCCAACGGCGACACUCUUCUAUGGCAAGGAUACAUUCCAUGACUAUCGAAGCACCCAUCACCAAGGUAAUAAACAUCAUCAAUGCUGCACAAGAAAGCAGUCCCAUGCCAGUUGCAGAAGCUUUAGACCGGGUUUUGGAGAUUUUGAGAACCACUGAAUUGUACUCUCCACAACUGGGGACAAAAGAUGAGGAUCCACAUACAAGUGACCUCGUGGGAGGAUUAAUGACAGAUGGUUUACGGAGAUUAUCGGGGAACGAAUACAUUCUGUCAGCAAAACAAACUCAUCAGGUUGCUGGCAGUUUGAUCUCGCCCAUAUCCCUCAAUGACAUACCCCCACAGAUCACACAGGCGAUGGAAAAUGAGGAACACUGGGAUUUUGAUAUCUUUGAACUUGAGGCUGCCACCCAUAAAAGGCCUUUGGUUUACCUGGGUCUCAAAAUAUUUGCUCGCUUUGGAAUCUGUGAAUUCCUAAACUGUUCAGAAUCAACUCUGAGGUCAUGGUUACAAGUUAUUGAAGCUAACUACCAUUCCUCCAACUCCUACCAUAAUUCUACUCAUUCAGCAGAUGUUCUACAUGCCACUGCUUAUUUCUUGUCUAAGGAAAGAGUAAAGCAAACUUUAGAUCCGAUUGAUGAAGUUGCUGCACUCAUUGCUGCCACAGUCCACGAUGUGGAUCACCCAGGAAGAACGAAUUCUUUCCUGUGCAAUGCUGGCAGUGAGCUAGCAAUUCUCUACAACGACACAGCCGUGCUGGAGAGCCAUCAUGCUGCCCUGGCUUUCCAGCUCACCACCCGUGAUGACAAAUGUAAUAUAUUUAAAAACAUGGAGAGGAAUGAGUAUCGAACCCUUCGCCAAGCCAUUAUUGACAUGGUCUUAGCAACAGAAAUGACAAAGCACUUUGAGCAUGUCAACAAGUUUGUCAACAGCAUUAAUAAACCCUUGGCAGCACUAGAAGAAAAUGGGGGUGUGAUCCGUCAGGAACAGACUGUGCCUGGGCAGGCUUGCCACAGAGUCGUGGCCUUCUUUGGGUGCAGCCACCUGCUCUGAUGUGGGGUCCUCCACAGGCUGGAGGUGGAUUAUUUGUUCCACUGUUAACCUCCAUGGGCUGCAGAGGAACAACUUGCCUCACCAGACUCCUCACCAUGGGCUGCAGGGGAAAGUCUGCUCUGGAACCCAAAGCACCUUCUUCUCCUCCUUCUUCAAUGCCUUUGGAGUCUGCAUAGGUGUUUCUCUCACAUCUCAUCCCUCUCUGGCUGCAGAUUUUCUAGAAGGGUAUUUUGUUUCCUUUUUAAGUAUCUUAUCACAGAGGCACUGCCACUGUUGCUGAUUGGCUUGGCCUUGGCCAGAGGUGGGUCUGACUUGGAGCUGGGGAGGCUUCUAGCAGCUUCUCAUGGGAGCCUCUCCUGUAGCCCCUCCCCUGUUACCAAAACCCCACCACACAAACCAAAGACAGUAUCAUAUAGACAUAAUCAAUAGCCAUCUGGAACCCCAUGGACACAAUGAAAUUGCCUGUUAAGAACUCAUUCUGAAAAACCACACCAGCUUCAAUAACAGCUUCAACCAGCAAUUUUCUUGCCAGUAAGAGCAGUGUGUAAUUUUGUUGGAAUGUUUUUUUGCAAAUAGAAGAUUUUUAGAAAUGGUUAUAAUAAACUUUGAUUUGGUGGCACAUUGUGUAGGAGCUAUAAUGGUUUUCUGUGUUUUCUUAUCAUGCUUUACAGAACCCCACACUUAUGACUGUUCUGUGUAAUGGGGAAGGGCAGGACUGUUCUGCUAGGCUUUUUUAUUAUUAUUAUCUGAAGGUGGGAGAGGAACAAGUCUUGUUCCUUCCCUCAUCAAAAGCAGACUGGAGCUUAAUUGGAGGAAAAUACCUUUGUCCACAGGAGCAUAUGCUAGAAAUAGCCUUGUUCUUGGCACCCAGUGAUGUUAAUGAGAUCUACGUGAAUGUGAAGCCAAAGCCCCAGUAGGAUGCUGAUCUUACCAGGAGAAAGGCUGCCAGGUCCUCAGCUGGACAGCUUCUCUGGGUGAGCGUAGCAGCAUUUGGCAUAGGAGGAGAAAAGACACAGAGUACAAGGGAGCUGCUGCUGGGUGUAGUCCACCACACCAGCUGACCUUGUGGAGUGCAUAACUCUCCAGGGCAUCUGGUCUGCCUGGAGGGCUCCGGACUGGCUUGGUUCAGUGUGCAGAGCACCUCCUCCCAGCUCCAAGAAUUGAGAUAGAGCACUUUUUGAGCAGCAGCAUCCAUCCAAAGAGCCAAGCUCAUCUUACCUGCUGUAAGAGUUGAAUAGAUGUUGCUGCUGGGACUUAGACCUGUACAAUGAGACAAUAAAAAUAAAUAGAGAUGUGGCAGUCAAACAAAAGUGUCAUUCUGUCUUUGAGCCCCAGGGGCUACAAGGAAAUCACAAAGUAUUUGCCAUUCACAAGAAGCAAACUGUUACCCUUCUUUUAGUUGAAUGUCUCAGUUCAACAAGUUCCUCUUAAAAGGCCUGCAAUGUGUGAGUAGGUAAACCAAAUCAUUUGCUGUGCUUGUUAUUAAAAGAACAACGCUGGCAGUUCCUCUUAAAGUCUGGUUGUAUAUCUGGUUGCAGCAGCAGUGUGUGUUUCCUGGCCUGGUUUCCAGUCAUGGCAGUGACUCAGUGGAGCGUGUGCAGGCUGAGCUGCCAACCGUGUGUUCCAAAUGAGACAGUUCCACUUAUUUUGUAUUAUUUAUUAUUUUUAUACAUGUUUCUUCAAAGAGCCAUGCUGAGAAGCUGCUCUGUUUGUUUCCUUUCUUCUUUUGUUUCAUAACUGAAAAAAAUCCUUUCCAGCUCCAGCAUCCUUUAUCCUCCCAUUUCCCUUCAUGAUGUCACCUAAGCCUAUGACAGGAAGCCAACAUCUGACAUGCAGAGACACCUCUGCACUCGGAGCAGGAUGCUGGGACUAAGCACAGUUAGCACAUUUUAUUCCCAAGACAUCUGCAUCCAGCAAGUAGAUCUGUGCCCUUGGUGUGAACAGAUCACAGAAGUGAACAGCCUCUCUUGAUUCCUGGAGGCUUACCUACUAGCAUAUUCUCUGCUCUCCUUAAUGGAGUCUUCUCUUUCUGUGCUUAAUUUCCAUGCUUGGGUUUCUGUAGUUCCCACUCCUUUCUUUUGCCUUUCUCUCAUGUAAUUUACCGUGCAUUGGGAGAUGCAUGUACCUUGCUUUGUUUCCUCUGGAUCUCCCCUUCCAUGUAUCUAAAAAUAAGGGGAAAUUUGUUUUGGGAAUCUCAUUUGGUAAGACUGUGGGGCUGAUAUUUCUCAGCCAGUAUACUACCAAAUAGUUGGAUUUUUUUUUAAUUGUCAGUUCCUUCCUUUAGGAAGGACUUUCUUUUCCACGUGAGCUGCAAAAUAUGCCCCAAGAAAAGAUCAGAUUGUUUCUGCUGCUCUACAUUUCCCUCUUCAUACAAAAUACUGCAGGAACUGGUGGCACAUUAUUAUUACUUUUUACCACUCUGACCAGACACCAAGACCUUGUAAGUUGCCAGAGAGGUCUAGUGUAGUCCUUGCUUCAAAGAGUGUAUUCUGAGGAGGCAUUGUUGGAAAUUUGUGUACCUACCCAUCCCUAAAAAAAUCUAUUAUUAAUCUUGUAUUUAUAGAUAAUUUAAAAAGGUAUUUUAGUCCUGUAUCUCUGUCCUUUGGAAACUUAGUUCAUCAGAGCUCCACAGAAACUAGCUUCUAGUGUGGAUCAUUGGAGCCUUUACUGUGUAUUGCCUCCAGAGUGCUGUGGAUGCUUUUAUAUGUACUGCCUGGGAACCAGAUCUAAGCACUGUGUGGCCUGAAAACUUUCCUAGACUUGCAGAGGAAAGAUGAAGCUACUUGGAAGCUUGCUUCUAAUAUAUUGCUUUAAUACUGAUGAACACUCAGCAAAAUCCCAGUCAGAGACUGAUGGGAUUAAUCAGAAGGCCAGUUACAUCCUGGGCUGCAAAGAAAGAAGCAUGGCCAGCAGACGGAGAGAGGUGAUUCUGCCACUUUAUUCUGCUCUGGUAAGACCUCACCUGCAGAACUGUGUCCAGCUCUGGAGCCCUCAACACAGGAAGAACAGGAAGAGGGCCACAAAGAUGAUCAGGGAGCUGGAGCACCUCUGCUAUGAGGACAGGCUGAGUGAGCUGCGGUUGUUUAGCCUGGGGAAGAGAAGGAUCAGGGGAGACCUAAUAGUGGCCUUCCCGUACCUGAAGGGGGCCUACAGGCUGGAGAGGGACUGUUUAUGAAGGCCUGCAGUUUUAAGUUAGAGAAGAGUAGAUGUAGAUUGGAUGUUACGCACAAGUUCUUUACCAUGAGGGUAGUGAAAUGCUGGAACAGGUUGCCCUGAGAGGUAGUUGAGGCCCCAUAUUCAAGGUCAGGCUCGACAGGGCUCUGAGGAGAAUGUCCCUGCUGACUGCAGGGGGGUGGACUAGCUGACCUUUGGAGGUCCCUUCCAACCCAACCAUUACCAUUCUGUGAAUGUGGGUCUGGUGAAAGGAGAUGAGGAGCAUGCCUGGGAGGCGAUGUGGGAUCUCACUCUUCUAGUAGCAGUGCUGUCAGAAUGAUUGAUGCUCAUGCUGAUGAGGUUUGCAUGCAGAGAGUAACCAUGCAUCUUAGGUCAUUCGCUUUCUUUCCUCUAAACCUCUAUUCCACUCUUAACAUGGUUAAGUCCAUUAAUCCUUGAAUUUCAGCAAAGAAUUACAUUUUUCGGCCUACACAGCACUCAUCGCUAUGUGUGUACUGAUGAAUGGGUCCUCUCCACACUUCUGAGGAGGCAGAUAAGGCACAGAGGGAUUAGAUGACUUGCCCAAAGAUGCCUAAGAGAUCUGUCACAAAGACAAUGACUGAAUUCAUAAACUGGAGUUCAGACCUAGUUCAGCGUUGUGGUUAACAUUUAUAAUCCCCCUAUAAAUUCAGCUGGACAUCAGAUAGGGUAGCCAGCAACAGGACUGACCCCUGUAGUAUCUGCUAAACGCAUUCCCAAGGCACAAAGCUUUUGAGUAGGGGCACAGAGAUCUGGCUAAUGGAUUGGUUUUAAUUCUUAACUG